AUGGCCCCCAAAAAGGCCGCACCUUCCAUCUCUGUUCGCCCUGACGCCCUCAGCGACGAGAAAUGCAUUAUUACUGGCGAGAUUGAGGGCUUCAAGCGCAAGGAGGCCGAGCAGAUCCUCAUCAAUGCUGGUGCGACGAUCGAGAAGAGCUUGAACAAGAAGGUCACGCUCGUUGUCCUUGGUGCGGAUGCCGGCCCCCAGAAAUUGGACAAGAUUGAGAAGCUUGGUAUUGAGACGAAAGACUGGAACGAGUUGAUUGAGGAGAUUAAGGGAGAUGGCGGUGCUGCUCCGGCCAUUGAGGAUGAGGAUGAUGACGACGAGGACGAGGAGCCUGAGGAGGAGCCCAAGCCAAAGAAGAAGGCCGCUCCCAAAGAGAAGGCAGUUCCAAAACCUAAGGCCAACACCAAGGCCAAGGCCGACCCAGCACCAGCAGCCAAACCCACAUCAAGCGGCUCUGGCGACGACUUCCUCUCUGGCAAGCAUGUGAUCAUCACCGGAACCAUACCAGGCCACGAUCGCAAGGACGCUCAAGCUAUCUUAGAGAAGGAAGGUGCCAUCUUCGAAAAGUCACUCAACAAGAAGGUCGAGCUCGUCGUCCUCGGCGGUAAUCCAGGCCCUGACAAGCUGGAGAAAAUCAAGGAUCUCGGUGCUGAAACCAUCGAGUGGAAAGAGGUCGCAGCGAAGCUCGGCCUUGAGCUUGCUCCCGAGAAGAAGGUCGCCAAUGUCGAGGCGGGUGGUGCACCGGACUCUGUCGAAGGGAAGACAGUCUUAAUCACUGGGGAAAUCGACGGCCUCACCCGCAGUGCAGCGCAAAAGGUUCUCGAGGGUGUUGGAGCCAAGUUCGCUAAGACUUUGAACAAAUCUGUCGAGCUUGUUGUCCUCGGAGCCAACGCAGGCCCUGACAAACUGAACAAGAUCGCCGACCAAGGAAUACCUACUGUCGAAUGGUCUGACCUCAUUGAGAAGCUGGGCAUCGACUUAGAGGCUAGCGAGCCUCCCAAGAAGAAGGCGAAGAAAAAUUGA